GUGGCUGGUAAAGUGACUGGACAAACAUUUUCAGAACAGUACAAAAGGAGGUCGAAAGAAGUGACAUUUUAGAAAUAUCUACUGGAAGUCUGGAAUGGAAGACAGCACAGAGAAAGAGCAACCCAAAGAAGAGGGAACCUUGACUGAUGAUGACAAAAAAUUGCUAGAUAAAACGACUGAGAAUACAUCAGAAGAAUCUAAAGAAGCCCCUACACCUGCUAGUUCUGAGACGAACCCUGAAACUAGCUCUGAUGGGGCUACUGCUAAAACUAAAAGUAAUGAUGGUACAACUGAAGAAGGACAGCAAUCCCCUUUACCUGUAGCUGAUGAUGGUGAUCCAAAAUCCAAAGAGACGCUUAGCAGCGAUCAAGGACAACCUCCUAUUGAUUCUAAAAUCAAAUUCAAAGCCUGCAUGCUGCUAGCUGGUGUAGGAGAUGCACUAGGAUACAAGAACGGAGCAUAUGAGUUUUGUCGCAAUGGCCCAGCUAUUAACAGGGAAGUUGACGAAGAGCUGGGUGGUGUGAAAAACAUUAAAGUUAAUACAAAGAACUGGAUGGUAAGUGAUGAUACUGUGAUGCACAUUGCUACAGCUGAAGCUCUUGUAUCUAAAUGGGCAGACGAUGAGGCACUAUACACCACUCUUGCUACUAAAUACAUUAAAUGCAUGAAAGAUAUGAGUGGACGUGCUCCUGGUAAUACCUGCCGUGCUGCAACUUCAAUGCUUCGUCCUCACAUACGUAAAGGCUACGUUAUUCCAUUUAAUUCACGAGGCGGUGGCUGUGGUGCAGCUAUGAGAGCAGUCCCCAUUGGUUUAUUGUACAACCGCCCUGAUCAACUCAAUGACCUGGUAGCUAUAUCAAUUGAGAGUGGGCGAAUGACACACAACCAUCCAACUGGUUAUCUUGGAGCUCUGGCUGUAGCUCUCUUUGUAUCAUAUGCCUAUCAAGGAAAACCAUUGAAGGAAUGGGGUGUUGGUCUCUUACAGACACUGGAAGUUGCUUGGAAGUACAUUGAGGACUCGGGCAAUGAUGUCAAAGACAACCAAGACCACUGGUCUUAUUUUAAGGAGUCCUGGGAGAAAUACGUUGAUAUACGUGGGAUUCGUGAUGGCAAAUCAGACCCUGUUUUCCCUACUCCAUUUGGACCUCAGGAACGUGAUCGUUUCUAUUCAAGUAUCUCGUUCUCUGGCUGGGGAGGAUCAAGCGGACAUGAUGCUCCAAUGAUAGCUUAUGAUGCUCUAUUAGGCUGUGGUAACUCAUGGAAGGAGCUGUGCAGUAGGGCCAUGUUCCAUGGUGGAGACAGUGACAGUACUGGGAUUAUUGCUGCAGCAUGCUGGGGAGCUAUGAGAGGAUUUGAAGAUGUCCCUGAGUGCAACUACAAGAACCUUGAGUAUAGAGAUAGACUUGAGAAACUUAGCAAGCAAUUGCUUGAGAAAUAUACUAGCAAAGACUAGAAAACUUUCAUUAUUAAUAAUUAUUAUUCCUAUAUUUGUGGUAGCUGUCACACAUGUAAAUUUUUUGUUGGCUGUUCUGAUACAGUUAAAUUUAUAUUUUAAA